AGUUACACACACACACACACGCACACUUUGGUCUUUUGUAUUUCCCGCGCAGGGUCACUCGCUUUUCGUCGUCAUCGUCGCCGUCCCUGUUGCUAUCCAGCUCACCGUCAAAUCAUGUCGUCCGUCGACGUUGACAAGAUCAUCUCAAAGCUGCUCGAGGUCCGCGGCAGCCGACCUGGCAAGACUGUUGACCUGACCGAGGCUGAGAUUCGCGGUCUGUGUGUCAAGUCGCGUGAGAUUUUCCUCAACCAACCAAUCCUCCUCGAGCUGGAGGCUCCCCUCCGCAUCUGCGGUGACACCCAUGGUCAAUACUACGAUUUGCUGCGCAUGUUUGAGUAUGGUGGCUUCCCCCCCGAGUCCAACUACCUCUUCCUUGGCGACUAUGUUGACCGUGGCAAACAGUCCCUGGAAACCAUCUGCCUCUUGCUGGCCUACAAGAUCAAAUACCCCGAGAACUUUUUCCUGCUGCGUGGCAACCAUGAGUGCGCCAGUAUCAACCGCAUCUACGGCUUUUACGAUGAGUGCAAGCGCCGUUACAACAUCAAGCUCUGGAAGACCUUCACCGACUGCUUCAACUGCCUGCCCGUUGCUGCUCUGAUUGAUGAGAAGAUCUUCUGCUGCCAUGGUGGCCUUUCCCCCGACCUGCAGUCCAUGGAGCAGAUCCGCCGUAUCAUGCGCCCUACCGACGUGCCGGACACGGGCCUCCUCUGCGAUCUCCUCUGGGCUGAUCCCGAGAAGGACUCAACGGGCUGGGGCGAGAACGAUCGCGGUGUCUCGUUCACCUUUGGCCCCGAGGUGGUUGAGAAGUUUUUGCACAAGCACGACAUGGAUCUCAUCUGCCGUGCCCAUCAAGUGGUGGAAGACGGCUACGAGUUUUUUGCCAAGCGUCAGCUCGUGACCAUCUUCUCUGCACCAAACUACUGCGGUGAAUUUGACAACGCGGGUGCCAUGAUGAGCGUUGAUGAGAGCCUGAUGUGCUCCUUCCAGAUUCUCAAGCCCGCGGACAAGAAGACCAAGUACUCUGGCUUCAAGAAGUGA